AUGGAGGAGCAGUUCAAAAAUAUGGAAAAACGUCUGGAAGAGCAAAGCUCAAAGUUAGAGGAUCAAAACAAAAGAAUUGAUCAGAAGUUCGAGGAGAUGAUGAAACUAAUGCAAAGUUUCAAGGAUUCAGCAAACACUGAGGAGAAUUCCUUUUCUAGCUCGAAGUUCCAUUCUCCCAAGCCUUUAGGUAUGAAUCCAAAACUGAGUUUUCCUAAAUUCGAUGGCACUAAUCCUAGAAUCUGGGUGAAGAAAUGUUGCAAGUAUUUCUCACUGUGUAAAAUACCUGAUGAACAAAGAGUAGAUUUGGCCUCUCUUAACAUGACUGACAAAGCAGAAGGUUGGAUGAUGAACUAUCUGUCAGUCAGAAAAAGUGUGAUUGUAGACUGGAAUGAUUUUGUAGCUGACUUAUAUGUUAGAUUUAGGGACAAUUCUGCCCAUAAUGUGGUCGAAAAUUUCAAUAAACUGCAACAAACAGGCGCACUUGAGGAUUACAUUGAUGAGUUUGAGAAUUUAAGAUCCAACAUGAUGAUGAACAAUCAUGUAUUGCCUGAAACAUAUAUUUUAGAAAGUUUUGUUGGAGGAUUGAAAUCAGCUGUUAAGCCAUUUGUGAAGGCUUUUAAACCUGACUGUAUUGGUGAAGCUAUAGAUUUAGCCAGGCUGCAGGAGGAGAACUUGUUGAUCAAUGCACCUAAACCUACUUACAAACAACCAAUCUACAACCCUAAACCCCUUCAAUCAAUACCCAUAUUAGCCAGCUCCAAACCCCCACUUUUGCCAACUCCACAAACUAAACCAAACACCACCCCCACCUUGACAAAAUACCCUCAACAGAGAACCAGAAACUUUAAAUAUAUUCCAGCUGAUGUUAGGCAAGAGAAAAUUGCAAAAGGCCUAUGUUACUACUGUGAUUCUCCUUAUGACAGAAACCAUAAGUGCCAGUUUAGGGAACCACAGCUGUUCACUGUAGAAAUUCCAGGAGAAAUUGAGGAGCUGAGUGAUGUAGAGGAAUUGGAUGUGGGAGAAAAGGAUGCCAAUGAACCACAAAUUUCCAUGAGUGCCUUAUCUGGUAGCCAGGGGUUUAGCACCAUGAGAGUAAGGGGGUUAGUAAAAGGGAAAUCCAUUCAAAUUUUGAUUGACUCAGGAAGCACACACAACUUUGUAGAUCUGAAUGUUGCUCAGAAGUUGGGGUGUGUGGUGGAGAAGAUACCCCCUCAAGCCAUAACUGUAGCUGAUGGCAACCAUUUGGCAUGCCAACACAUCUGCAAGGGUUUCUCUUGGACCAUGCAGGAUAUUGUGUUUGAAACUGAUGUUCUCCUUAUUCCACUAGGGAGUUGUGAUAUGGUGUUAGGAAUACAAUGGCUAAGUUUGUUGGGUGCUAUUUCUUGGGAUUUUAAACAAUUACAGAUGGAGUUUACUUGGCAAGGCAAGAAGAUUCUGUUGAAGGGAAUUCCUAGCAAAAGAAUGAAGGUGAUAGAAGGUGAACCUUCUUCCAAACUAUUCUCUACAGCAGCCCAUUUGUGUCUCAUACAAGUACAGGAUUCCAUUUGUGGGAAUUUGGAAACUUCUGGUACCCAUUCUCAAGCUGAUUCUGGUAAUUGGGAAGAAUUGGAAGAACUUAAAGUGACUUAUAAGUGUGUGUUUGAGGAUCCUGUUGACUUACCUCCAUUAAGAGGGGUGUUUGAUCAUUCCAUUCCACUCUUACCAGAGGCAAAUCCAGUCAACAUCAGACCUUACAGGUAUUCACUCAAGCAAAGAGAUGUCAUAGAGCAGUUGGUACAAGAGAUGUUGGAUAGGGGAAUUAUACAGAACAGUGCAUCUCCAUUUGCUUCACUAGUUGUUUUAGUAGGCAAGAAGGAUGGAACAUGGAGAUUGUGUGUGGAUUACAGAGAACUCAAUAACAGGACAGUCAAAAACAAAUUUCCUAUUCCUGUUAUUGAUGAAUUACUAGAUGAAUUGUCAGGUGCCACUGUGUUUUCUAAGUUGGAUUUAAGGGCUGGGUAUCAUCAGAUGAGGGUUCAACCUUCAGACAUUUACAAAACAGCUUUUAAAACUCAUACAGGGCAUUAUGAGUUCUUGGUGAUGCCCUUUGGCCUCACUAAUGCUCCUGCAUCUUUUCAGAACUGGAUGAAUCAGGCGUUCAAGCCAUUACUCAGAAAAUGUGUUUUGGUGUUUUUUGAUGAUAUAUUGGUUUACAGCAGAACCAUUGAUGAUCAUUGGUCCCAUCUUGCUGCAGUUUUUGAAUUAAUGAAGGACAAUCAGAUGUUUGCUAAACUCAGCAAGUGUGUGUUUGCUACAGAUAAGGUGGAAUACCUAGGUCAUUAUAUCUCUGCUAUGGGUGUCCAAACAGAUCCACAAAAGAUUCAUGCAGUGCAAAGUUGGCCAAUUCCUGCUACUGUAAAAGAACUUAGGGGAUUCUUGGGUUUGGCUGGGUAUUACAGAAAGUUUGUAAAAGGGUAUGCUAUGAUCAGUAAACCAUUGGCAGACCAGUUGAAAAAGAACAGUUUUCAGUGGUGUGAUCAAGCACAGGUGGCUUUUGAAGCUCUCAAAACUGCUUUGGUAACAGCUCCAGUUUUAGCUGUACCUAACUUUGAUAAACAAUUCAUAGUAGAGACUGAUGCAUCACAGAAGGGAAUUGGUGCUGUACUUAUGCAAGAUGGUCACCCCCUAGCUUACAUUAGCAGAUCCCUAGGGCCAAAAUGGCAGAAGUUAUCAGUCUAUGAAAAAGAGCUGCUGGCAAUUGUUUUUGCAGUUCAAAAGUGGGAACAAUACCUCAUGGCAGCCAUUUUUUGA